GGGAGUUAAUCUCGUAGUGCUUUUUAGACUCUUCGCCUCCCCCGAAGAUUUCUUUCAUUCAUAAAAUCCAUCUAUCCCGUCGUCUGGAGUCGAGGCUGCAGAGCCGUUGAACGCCCGCUCCACGCAUGCGCUAGUUCCCCCGCGGAGGAGUCAACGGCAGCCCAACCUAACCGUUUGUUCCACUCCGGGCCUCUUCGUUUGGUUCCCCUCUUCGGUCUUUCAUGCAGCUACUGCGCCGGAUCACUAGGUAGCCUCCGUUCAUUUUUUCUCUCUCUCUAUCGUUUUACAGUCCUUGAGAACGGUCUUGGAUUUUGCUGCUUUGGCGCCGGGAACUGCGCUAUACCUGCACAUUCACAAGCCUAGAAAGAGAGGGGUCUGGGCGUGGCGACUCGGCGCUCCAUAAUACCUACCGCGCGCCUCGGCUUACAACAAACACCCUGCGCAACCGAUUUUGCUUUCUCUUACCCAAGCUCGAUACCUAGCGCAACUUGGAUUGCGAUUUCUGGCCGCAAGGCCGCCAACGUUCCACACUCGAAAGGCCCAAGAGAGAGAACAAGAAAAGGGCGCUGCCCGCCGUCGGUCAAUUGCCUACCAUGCAGUACGUCAGAAACCUGAGCGAUUCGGUCUCGACAGCAUGGAACUCGAUCAACCCGGCCACCCUCAGCGGGGCCAUCGACGUGAUCGUUGUUGAGCAAGAGGACGGCAGCCUUGCGUGCUCUCCUUUCCAUGUCCGCUUCGGCAAGUUCUCGCUUCUGCGCCCGUACGAGAAGAAGGUCGAGUUCAAGGUCAAUGGCGUCAAACAGCCAUACUCUAUGAAGCUCGGAGAGGGCGGCGAGGCCUUCUUCGUCUUCGAGACCAGCGACACGAUUCCGAAGAGCCUUCAGACGUCUCCGUUGGUCUCACCAGCGUCCAGUCCGCCCUUGAACGCCUCGCAGAACGGCCAGCCGCCGUUGCAGGAGCCUGAAUCGCUCGAUCUAAAUGAUGGGGUCGGAAAGGCGCGCUCCUCGAGCAUUCACCGCCCACCGCCCACCGUCCUCCAUUCAGUCGGCCGGGAUGGGCUGCUCACGCCGAGGUCAACCUCCCCGGACCUCUCCAGGAAAGCCCAGUCCUCUGCCGAUGGCUCGCCUCCGCGCCCGCACAGCGACAAUGUGUUGCCGAGGACGGUCCGGAAACCCUCCAGCGAUCACGGUUCGAGCGACGACGAUCGUCCGACGUACUCGGAACGACCCAUCAGCCCGCCGCCCCUGCCGCCGGCCGAGGCUCUCCAGCGGGCCAUGAAUCUGUCCAAGGAACUGGCGGCCGUCAACAUCCCGACCCAUGUGACCGAAACGGGAGACCUGAUGCUGGACAUGACGGGAUUCAAGAAUAACGACGAAGAUGCCAUCCGGGCCGAGAUCCUGGCCCGCAAGGUGCUCUCGGAGGAGCUGGAUGGUAACUACGACAUUGGCGCUCUCUUUGGCGUUGACGAGCGGGGCAAUCUCUGGAUCUACAGCAGCGAGGAAGCCAAGGCUGCCGCCAUGAAGAGGGCCAUGGAUUCGACGCUGCGCGGCUCGUCGGGCAUGACCAGCGACGCGGCGUCAGACCCAGGCUACCAGAGCGACAGCAGCGAUGCCACGGCGUCUCCGAGCACUGCGAGCCACAGGAGAGCCGACUCCGACCUCGGCCAGAUGUCCUUGCAGACCCCUCCUAGUUCCCCCGGCAGCUCGGCUGCCGGUGAUCCCAACCGCAACUAUGCCAAGACGUUGCGGCUGACCAGCGACCAGCUCAAGGCCUUGAACCUGAAGCCCGGCGAGAACUCGAUGAGCUUCACGGUCAACCGGGCAACUUGCCAGGCGUACAUGUACUUGUGGAAAUACGAGACGCCCGUGGUCAUAUCGGACAUUGACGGGACCAUCACCAAGUCGGACGCCCUCGGCCACGUGCUGAACAUGAUCGGACGAGACUGGACGCACGCGGGCGUCGCAAAGCUGUACAGCGACAUUGCCGCGAAUGGCUACAACAUCAUGUACCUGACCAGCCGGUCCGUCGGGCAGGCCGACAGCACGAGGGCGUAUCUCGCCGGCAUCGUCCAGGACGGGUACCGGCUCCCGCGGGGUCCCACCAUCCUCUCGCCGGACCGGACCAUGGCGGCGCUGCGCCGCGAGAUCUACCUGCGCAAGCCGCACAUCUUCAAGAUGUCCACGCUGCGCGACAUCCGCAGCCUGUACGGGCCGAACCACUCGCCCUUCUACGCCGGCUUCGGCAACCGCUUCACCGACCAGAUCUCGUACCGCACCGUGGACGUGCCGCGGACGCGCAUCUUCACCAUCAACUCCAACGCCGAGGUGUCGCUGGACCUGCUGAGCCUCAACCGCCUGAAGCUGAGCUACGUCAACAUGAGCGAGGUCGUCGACCACUACUUCCCUCCCGUCAACACCCUGGUCAAGGGCGGCAGCGAGGAGUUUACCGAUUUCAAGUACUGGCGCGACACGCCGCUCGAGCUGGACGAGUUCUCGGCCAGCGACAGCGAGGAGGAAGGAGGCCGCCGCGGCGGUGGGCAGGAGGACGACGACGAUGAGUAUGACGACGAGGAAGAAGAAGAAGAAGAGGAGGAGGAGGAGGAGGAGGUCGGCGAUGGUCUGGCCGACAGCUACAUCUCGCGAAAUUCGAUGGACGAAGAUGGCGAGGGAAGCGUCCUGGGCGAGAGCUAUGACGAGGACCGCAUGAGGGGGUCCACGAUGGAAGACGAGUAUGCCGACGACGAGGAGAAUGAAGAGUACGAGGAUGAAGAGGACUAUGAAGAAGAAGAGGAAGAAGAAGGAGAAGACGACGUUGAGGAGGAGGAGGAGGAGGCGGAGGCGGAGGAGGAACAGUUCCCGACCCCGGUCGGAAAGGGCAGGUCAGGGAAUACUGGGAUGCACGAUUUGGACGCCGAGUUGAUCACGGGUGUGAAGAACUUGAAGGUGGAGAAGAAGUAAGCCAGAGACUCUGGCUGUUGACGCAGCAGGGGGGUGUGGCCCAUUUGAGAGACGGUGUUUGGCGUAUAGUGCGGAGCAUUGUAUGAAGCCAUAGACCGUAGACCUGUAUUGGGGGGUCAAAGUUUCACAUCGGCAUGUUGCAUAGCGCGGCGCAAGGGUGGACAUUUACUUUUUCUUUAUUCCCUCUUCCGCUUUGUACCAUUACAUAGGUGCAUAGUCACGGAUAUUUUUUGGGUUG